AUGUCAGCAAGCUGCAAAGCAAUUAAAUACAUUUUUCUCCAACAGCGCCUCGUCAAGAAAGUUCAGGAUUCUGUUUUGGAGAAGUGGGUCAAUGAUCCGCACCGCAUGGACAAGCGGGUUCUGGCUCUAAUCCUCCUGGCCCACUCGUCCGACGUCCUGGAGAACGCCUUCGCCCCGCUACAAGACGACCAGUACGACCUGGGCAUGAAGAGAGUCCACUCUCUGCUGGAGCUGGAGCCAGAGAAAGAGAGCACAAAGCCCAACGCCAACGAACUGAUGUGGGCCGUGGUGGCCGCCUUCACGAAAUGAAAACGGCGGGUUUUUGUUGGACUGGAAGAUCCGGCUACGGUCUGUGUUAUUUAAUCGGUUGAAGGACAUCAUUUAAUGAGACAGACUUCACUUAAUGAGACAAUCUAUGUGGUUGGGGAGCCUGUUUGUACAUCUAUUCCGGAUGAUGACAUUUUCGGUGGUAGUCCGUGUUAACCCAGUACAAUCUGAUCGGUGGUGGGCUUCACCAAGUAACAUUUGGUUGGUUGGGACAGUGUCUGAAUGACGGAUGGCUGGCUGCUUUUACACAAUGAGGUAAACUAACGUGCCGCCAGGAGCCUGGAUAUACUUCUAAACACCAACACUACGAACAGAUGGGCCUCUGUUA